GACGUGGCGCUGUUGUUGCUCAGUGUCUUAGGAGUUACCGGUCGUUACAAGGAGCGCACCGGAGACAGGAAACCGGGAGCAGAAGCACCGUAGGCACCAUGAGUGAGCCCCACAAGCAGGAUAUAUUCCACGUUUUCAAGCGGCUCCGUGCUGUGCCCACAAACAAGACAUGUUUUGACUGUGGAGCAAAAAACCCAAGCUGGGCCAGCAUCACGUAUGGCGUUUUCCUGUGCAUUGACUGCUCUGGGACACAUCGCUCCCUUGGAGUUCACCUGAGUUUCAUUAGAUCUACUGAACUAGAUUCGAACUGGUCCUGGUUUCAGUUGAGAUGUAUGCAGGUUGGAGGCAAUGCUAAUGCAUUGAUCUUCUUUCGGCAGCACGGUUGUUCGACAAAUGAUACCAACGCAAAAUACAACAGUCGCGCAUCUCAACUUUACAGGGAGAAAAUUAAAUCUCAGGCGUCACUAGCAACAAGGAAAUAUGGCACUGAUUUGUGGAUAGACGGUUGUGAGGCUCCCCCCUUGUCACCACAAGAGAAAAAGGAGUUAGACUUUUUUUCAUCACACUCGGAGUUUAGUAACACAGACUGGACUGAACCCCAAAAUCCAGCUAUACCUACAACACCGAGCACUGCAGAAGAUGCUUCAGAAAGCAAUGAAGGUGACCCAGAACAAGGACCGAGUGUAGACUGUCUCAGCAUGUCCCCAAAGGCUGCACUAGAUGAUACAAUGAAUAUAUUAUCUGCAGGGAGCGCACCUACAAAAGAUACCGGUUCGCUUUUAAAAAAGAAGCCUGCUACUGCCAAGAAAGGGCUUGGCGCCAAGAAGGGAGGCCUGGGAGCGCAGAAAGUCAGCAGCAAGAGUUUCAGCGAGAUUGAGAAACACGCUCAUGCCGCCGAUAAGCAGAAGGAGCAGGAGCUUGCUAACACUAGCAAGAAGCAAGAGGAGCCUGUGGUAACUUCUUUGCGCCUGGCUUAUCAGCAACUGGAAAUACAGAAGCAAAAGGAUGAUGAUAAAAUGAGGAAUAUGCCUGCUAAGAAGAAAGCCGACGCUGAGAGGCUCGGUAUGGGCUUUGGUAACAGAAGCGGCAUCUCACAUUCUGUCCUUGCUGAAAUGCAAAUGAUUGAACAAGAAGCUCCAAAAAAUGUCAAAUCGAAAAAGCUUUACCAGGAGGAGGAAUCGGAGGAUUUCUUUUUUAGUUCUUCACGGCCCUCAAGAUAUAGAGAGGAGCCUGCUGAACCAAUCACUAGUUCUUUCUAUAAUUGGGAGGACAGUUCUGAUGAUUUCUGGAAAAAAGAAAGUUCCAGUCUUGACAGUGAUAUCACUUUAAGUUCAAAGACAAAAAAUUACGUUGAACGACCUGCGACCCGUCGUAAGCACGACUUAGAGCCAGCCACAGAUAUAGAUGAAGCUCAGAAAAAGUUUGGGAAUGCAAAGGCCAUCUCAUCUGACAUGUAUUUUGGAAAACAGGACAAUACAGAUUAUGAGACCAGAGCUCGGCUGGAGAGGUUUUCUGGAAAUUCAUCCAUAAGUUCUGCGGACUUGUUUGAUGAACAGAAGAAGCACCCUGAAAGUCUUUAGGCAUUGACUACUAGUUAUUUAAAUGGCUGGAAGAUGCCACUCAGGUAUGCAGACCUAUGUAAACAUAUAUAUAUAUACACACAUCCUGUUUGACUUUUCAUAAUACACAGAAACCAAUAUGCUUUUUGAAUGAAAUAAUAUUUUUGGCAUAUAAUGAGAAAUCUCUAUAAAAAUUCCUUAUGGUUUUUAAGAUAUAUGGUGUAUUUAUAGAUCUUUGUUUUGUAAUAUUGAUGAUGGUUGUUGACGUAAUAAGGAAUAGAUUACAUUACGCUCCCGCUGUAAACAUAACAACUUGAAGUAACAUUAAUAAUUCAUAUACAUAAAGAUAUGUUACUACUAGUUAUGUUUACAACCACAAUAUGAUGUCACCCUUAGUUGGAAUGGGUUUCCAGUCAGCAUUAUACUGCUUGCACGGUACAAUAUAAAACAUUCCAGUCCCCACAAACCCAAAAUAUUUUAGACCUAACCUUAACUUAUGUUUAAACCUUUUUGUUUUUGAUGUUUAGGGUAAAAAUAUUUAUUUUGCCACUAAUUUACUACUUCCUAUGGAAAAAUACUGUUAGAUGCCGUCUGCACUAAAUUAUAAGCCUAGAAACUCUUUAUUGCACCAGUAAAUUCCAAAAUAAGAUUGUGAUGAAGGUCUCGGGUGUAUUUUUAUCACAAGAUCAUUUUAUAGUCUUCGUCUUGUUUUGAUAUUGGGUGGGGAGCGAGUUUAUAGUUCUACCUGACCGCAUUAGAGUUUUGUGAGCAGAACAAAUUCAGUGUCCGAUAAAGACAAUCUAUAGCAUUUUAUGUUGUAACCAAAUCUAUACGAUAGUUGUAAAAUAAAUAUCCUGUGAAUUCCAGAGAAUUAAAAUCCUCAUCAGUCGCAGGCUGCAGAUUUACACCAUAGAGUCCGCUACGCAUUUUUAGUAGCCAGACAAGGGUUGUGUGUACAGCUAUAUAUUUAGUAGCCAGACAAGGGUUGUGUGUACAGAUAUAUAUUUAGUAGCCAGACAAGGGUUGUGUGUACAGAUAUAUGAAGAUUUACCUUAAAAUGCACAAGCUGGGGCUUCUGGGAUUUGUGAAGGAAUAAUCACAGGGGUUCAAUUAAUGAAUAUAAGUUAUUGCUGUUGUGGGUUUUUUUUUUGUCUUUGUAAAUAAUCCAUAAUUAGUGAGUAUAUAUCUAUGUGCUCCCUGACUGCUAAAUAGCGUGAUGUACGUACGUUUGUGUUACAUGCACAAUCUUAUUAAAGGGAUAAAAUCUGCUCUCUCUAGUUUAUUUUACUAAUAAGCCCCUAUCUUGUGUAAUCAGCUUCUUGCUUAAGUUUAGCUCUUAUUAAGAGCUCAUCCGACCUACUGCUGAUGACACAGACAACAAAACCAUACAGAUAAAUUAGCAGUGAUUUCCCUUAACUUAUAAAUAACUUGUGAAACGUUCUAGGACACCACUCCUAGAAAUUCAUUUACUCACCUGAAUCUGUCCUCUGUAUGUAUAUAAUAUCAGUUAUAUGCAGAUAGACUGAGGAAUCUGAUUUUACCGCUAUCUCCCUAACACCUUAGUGAAUCCAGCAAGACACAGAUACUGAAAUCCUAUCACAUAAGCUGCAUAUGAACCUUAUUCCUCCUGGCAAUGUUACCUAGAACUUACUCCUCACCAGUUUUAUCAAGGUUUAAUAAACCUAGCCCCAUUGUAACAUCCAUUUGUGUAGAUAAACAAGUAUAUUGUCAAUGUAAACUAUAGAUGUGCACCUCUGAUCAUUUCUCUUUUGUGUGAUGGAUACUCAUGAGUUAAUACAUUUACAACUGAAGCAUUUCUGUCCGACUCUCCGUGUGAUCAGCUGCAUUGUUUAUAAAGAAUUAUGUGUAAAGCCUCAAGUAGAUCUGUGUGACCAACCGGAAAACGCAGGUUUGUGUACAGCCAGACAAUCAUCAGAAAACUUUAUUGUACGGGUCCCUGCACAUUAUACAGAGCCCUUUUGUAUUAGAUGGACCUUAGUUCAAAAUAUAAAAAAUAGCAAAAUGCAAAUAGUUUUUUAGAGGAAAAAUAUUAGCAGAAUCAAAUAUGUAAUUUAAUAAUUUUUUGGACUAUUAUUGUGCUUUUUACGUCCAAAAGAACUUGCUGUGUUUUAGACAGCAUCGCCUAUGUUGUCAGACUUAAUUCUAUGCAAUCUUGGGAUAUAUUUGGAAUCUCUAUGUCCUGGAAGACCGCCCUAAUAGUGUGCACAUUUUACUAAAUUGUUAUAUCUUUGUAAUGAUUUGUAUUCUAUAAUAAACUAUAGAUCGCUUCA